AUGUCUGCCAAAAGUGACGGUAGCCCCACCGGCCGAGCGCUAAGGGAAGAAGAGGAUAGCCAGGGUCUCCUGCUAGAAGAGGACCUAGUCUCACUCUCGAAGGAUACAGAGGACAAUGCGACUGCGACAACGGAGAAGUCGGCUCACGGCGAGCCUGUUGCUGAUUUUCUUCUUGCCCAACAGACCAAGUGUGAUCGAAUCAACCCGUGCUCGCAGUGCAUCAAGACGGGAUCGCAAUGUACCUACAAGCUGGGCCAGACGGUCAAGACAAAGCGGCAACGGAUCCUCAUCUCAAGUUUAUAG